AUGCCAUUGCCAUGGACAGUGACCGCUGGGCCAGAGCUCCAAAGCCCCAAGGAGCCUGGGAAGCCACAGACCCUAGCUCAGGGCACCCGGAAGUCCAACAGUAUGAAAGAGCCAAGUAUUCACCACGGGGACACUCUGAAACCCAGCCUGAGCACCCUGAAGCGGACCUUCUUCCGGACCAGCCUGCCAGCUUCCACCCACAAACCUAAGGAGGACCAGGGCCUAAUCAGGCGAAGUUCCCGCCUGUUCCGAUCCUUGAGACGGGCCCUGGAUGAAGGCCUAGCUGCUGGGCACCCUCAAGUCCCUGCAGUGACAGAGAAGCCUUCCAGUGUUACUGAUGGUAUCUGUCGGCAGGCAUCCAGGGGGAUGGGACCUGAGGAUCUGGAACUCCAGGAAGAGAGCAAAUCCGUGACAGACCUCAUCACUGACAGGCAAUUAGUGAAGGCCUUCGAACAGUUGCGGUACCUGGAGACGCGGCUGGUAGCAGACAAAACCUCACGCACCUUUGCGCAGGACCCCACCGCCUAUGCACGGCGCGCUAUGGACGUUUGCCUACAUUACGACGGAAUAGCCGCGGAGAUCGGAGCUAUUGUGCGCGAGGCGCUGGGUUCCGAAGGAGUGGAUGGAGAGGCUCUAGCCGAACUGGCCCAGGUGGUGAACUUGGAAGAGGAGGCCCAUCAGGCCCCCCAAGCCGACGGUGACUUCUUGAGUACGCCCCGCCACUGGCGUCGGCACUGGAAGGACGCGGUGCAGCGCAGCGCCCAGGAGCGCGUGCAGCAGGCUGGCGUCAAAGUCACCCCAGGGGCUGCGGAGGGCUCUUCCGACCUAGCCCAGCUUCUGGCUGAACUCGGUAGCGUGGUUCGCCGUGACCUGCAGAAGGUGCGAUUAGAGAUACAGCCCGCUUACGAAGCCACCGAUUUCCCGGUGUGGGAGACCUACUUGCGUGCCUUUCACAGCGCGGUGGCCCAGCGUUUGCAGGAGCUGGCGCGAGACGCCCGCGGCUGUGAGCAGCUCUAUGUGCUGUUAGACUGGGCCGCCAAUGUGUACGGCAGUCCUGACUUCCUAGGCGCCCCAGACUUGGCACUGCCCACCGAACCGCUGCCCCCACUCCUAGAGCCUGCUUUGUGGGCCCGACUGGAAAGUGACUACACUAACUUCCUAGAGACAAAGAUCACAAGCUGUUUUGAUAGCAUCUUGCAUCUGGAGCAGAGUCGCUGGGAAGCUGGCGAGGAGCUGGAAGUGCUACAGGGCCUCUACCAUACGCCCCUGUCCAUCGACGUGCACAUGCUCGUGGCUGAGCACGUGAAGGCGGCCGGCGCUAUCUCCUCGGAGCUGGAGGCCACCACCCUGCAGAUCUGCGCACGUGCGCUCUGCCUCUUUGUGCCCAGGUUUGAAAAGGCAUUUCUGGCGUCGAAGGCGGUGAGCGAGUGCUACCUGGGCGCUUACAUUAACGCUUGCGUGGAGAUGAGAACCAGCCUUCUGGCCAGGUUCCCUGGAACCAUAAAGGAACUGGAGAAACCCCUCGUGGCUGCCACCAAUAGCUUCCAGAAGCACCUGCUCCAGAUGGCACAGCAAGACAUACAGCCACUAUUCAAGAUGCUGCAUACCAAGAGCUGGCUCACACAGGACACACUGCAUCCCCUCAUGGUCAAGGUGGUGGACUUUGCACAUCAUCUUGAGCAUGUGACCCCACUACUGGCACAGGAGACUCUGCAGGAGGUUCACCGUUUUGUGGUCCGCGAGUACCUGGGGCAGGUGCUGAGGCCCCACGAGAGGUUCAGUGGCCUGGAUCGUGUGAAUGGCUCCCAUAAGAUGAGCCUGGAUGCUCAGGCCAUUAGCAGCACUUUCCAGGGCCUGGGCUCUGAAGCCAAGUGGUUGGACCAAGCCAUUCUGUGUGUGGCUGAGAUCCUGGGCGAGACCUACAAAGACGACAUCCAGCGGCAUCUGGAGACACUUAUACGCAGCUACCCAGACAUCAGGCGUGACCACGUACUGGCCAUUCUGGCGCUGCGUAGACUCGGUCGCCGUAGGAAUCAUAAUCUGUUGCAACACACCCAACACUUGCUGAGGGCAGCGCCUGAGAUCAGGCCCUCCCCACGCCGUGUGCUCUUUGAAGAGAUCGAAGUGCCCACCUCCGUGGACGUGCUGAUCACGUGCAUCUAGGCUGAAGGGCAGGCAGGAGACGGGUGGGCAGAGGAGGGUCUGCCACCCUCCCCGUGACUGACCCCAAGAAGGAAACCCAGUGAGUCACUCUGGCCCUACCCGCAGCUCUGAAGCCUGGAGCCAUGGAAUCCUUGAUCUCAGUUAGAGGGCGUCAAGAGUGGAAGCAUUCCAGGCAUUUGUGGGGGAGUCUUUUGGGGUGGCUGAGGCUCCUUCCAGGACUUCAGGCCAGGAGGGUUUCCUUUUCUAACUGCCCGGUAUAUCCUCACUACAG